CAGAAUGAUGGCGAUGGAUGGGACGCCAUUGGGGAUGAUACAUCCAAGGGAAAGAAAGGUAAAAAGAACAAGAAGGACAAGAAAAAGAAGAAGGGAGGUGCUGCAGAGGAGGCCGCGCCCAACCUGACUCCUCCAUCCACGCCACCUCCCCAGAACUCGAAGCCGGAAGAGGAAGCCGCCAAUCCUGCUUCUGAAGCCAACGCAGUGUCUGAGGAUGCCACCCCAGCUCCUGAGACCGUAGAGGCACUUCCUGCUGCGGAGCCAGCUGAAACUGCGGUAGCGACAUCAUCGCCUACCGAAAGCUGGGAGCACACUGCGCCUACGCUUCCAGAAGAGGGGGCAGACGUUCCUGGCAAACAGGACAACAACGAACAGAAGGAAGAGACACAGCAGAAGGAGAGUGAAGAGUCCAAAGAGCACCCGGGGGCCACGACCAGACGACAGACGGGUCCGAUGAUCGACACCUCUUUCGCCAGGCAGCAGUACUCCCGGAUGAAUGAGAAAGGAACCAGUCUCUGGGAUGAGUUCUCAGCCAUCGACUACGUCGACCCCCGCUCUUGCUCCGUGACGAGGCCUCCAAGUGUCAUGUCUGCCCGGUCCCCGUUUGAGCUGCCAUACCUGGUCUUCCAUGCCAAGCUGUACGUCUUUGCAACCCGAUACCUGAUCCCUGCGCUGGCCCAGCUCUGUCUUCGCAAGCUCCAUCGCGACCUGCUGUACCUGGGAUUCGCGGAAUCGAGCAUCGAGAAUGAGGACGAGGAGCAGCACAGCCUCAACACCACCAAGGCCAGAAAGGUCCUUGAUCUCCUGCAUUACACGUACACCAAGACUACUCGCCUGGAGCCGAUCACCCCCACGUCCGCUACACAGCUGCGGGACAACGAGCUACGGAAGCUGGUCGUGCACUUUGCUGCCUGCAAGGUGCGCGAUUUGGCGGCCUACUCUCCGCCAGUAGAUCCGUCGAGCAAGCCAUUGAAGCCUUCAGCGCGGGGCUUCCGUGCCUUGCUGGACACCACCACCGAGCUUGCUUCGGACCUGGUGUAUCGGAUGAUGAUGUGA